UCACCAAAAACAAAAUAUAAAAAAAUCAUUGAGAUAAAAAAGAAAACUUUGCCGAAUGAAGUGAAAGAAUUCCGAGCUUAUCAAACAAAUUUGCAUGUCAAUAUAUAAAAUGUGGCGCUAUUGAUUCACACUUACUCGUGAUCGAGUAUAGUUGUUUCUCAAUUUUCAUUUCUAAGGCGAUUCAUUUGCUGCAAAAUUGAGGAUCGUUAUAGAAAAACGCUUCUGUUUUGAGUCAUGGCUAACGAUGAAGUAGCUUUAAAUGUAGAGCGCUUGGAAGAGAUAUCUCGAGCUCAGAGUAUUCCAGAAUUUUGGCAUUCAGAGGCUGUCAAGGGGAAAGCUAAACGUGGAGGACACAGAUCAAGAAAGCUAUGGCCUAAACUAAAGGAAAUUCUUCGGUCUUUCCUGCUGAGUUGGUGGAAAACUAUAUUUACAAUGUCCUGCGUGCUUUCUGUCUCGGUGGAUCCUUUGUUCUUAUACAUUCCUAUCACCAACGAAGACAUGAAAUGUCUCAGAUUGGACCAAAAUCUCAAGACAGUAACUCUUUUUUUACGAUCGGCGGUGGAUCUCCCAUGUAUAGUGCACAUCAUUUCCCAAAUUCUUGCUGUGAGACCGCGGCCGCGGCGGCGGAGGGUUAAGUUAGUGGAGCUUGCUUUGGAGAUGGCUAAGCGGAUUUUAUGGCCGUACUUCCUAAUUGAUAUUUUAGCUGUUCUUCCCAUUCCACAUGUAGUAAUCCUCAUUUUACUUACAAGAACGAGAAAGAUUUCGAACCCGAAUAGGAGGAAGUUGCUAAACUCUCUUAUUCUGUUUCAAUAUUUUCCACGAAUUUUUCGUAUGUACCAAUCAUGUAAGGUCAAUAAGGAAGAGCCUGACGAGGAGGAGGCUGGUAAGACUCGUUAUGGCGACAAUGGACAUCGAAUACCGUUCAGGGUGUACAAGUUUAUCCUUGCCAGUCAUGUGCUUGGAGCCUUUUGGUACUUCUUUUCUAUUCAAAGAGAGAUGGAUUGUUGGCAAUAUGCAUGUCGAAAGGAAAGCAAAUGUGAAGAUUGUACUUUUGAUUGUGGUGGCAAUCAUUCAUUUAAGAAUGGCAAUCAUUCAUUUAAGAAUGUCGCAUUUAUAAAUGAUUUUUGCCCCAUAAGUACACCAAAUUCAACAGUCUUCAAUUUUGGUAUAUUUCUCGAUGCACUUCAAUCGAAUAUAGUGGGAUCAACAGAUUUUCCACAAAAAUUCUUGCAUUGCUUAUGGUGGGGUCUUCGAAGUCUAAGCUCAUUUGGUCAAAAUCUCCAGACCAGUACCUAUGCUUGGGAGAAUCUCUUUGCGUUUGGUAUCUCUGUAGUUGGAAUUAUACUAUUUUUAAUAUAUCUCAAUGCAGUUUUGCAGUUCGUAACUACAACAUCGGAAAGAAACAAGAAGGAAAGGAUAAGUAAGGAGGUAGAUUUAUGGCUAUUUAGAAAAGGCCUGCCUAGCAAUUUGAAGCAAGUGAUCAUGCACUUCAUGAUACAAAAACUUAAACAGAAGAUAGAUGUUGGGGUGGAUGAUAUACUCUCUAUUCUUCCUUUGACACAUCGUAAAUACAUCGAGCGUUUUCUUCGUUUGGCUAUCCUUAAAAAAGUGCCAAUGCUUCAAACUAUGGAUGAAGAACUGUUGAAAGAAAUAUGCGAGCGCCUCCAGCCGGUGCACUAUCCUGAGGACAAAUGCAUUAUUGGAAAGGGAAAGCGACUAGACAAGAUGAUUUUCCUCACAAAUGGCACUGUACAGACCUACAAGACCAAUGGUAAAGGUGGAAAAAUUGGCUCCAAGUUUCUUGAGAAAGGGGACUUCUAUGGAUCAGAAGAGCUUCUCAAAUGGGCAUCAAAAUUUAGUGAUGUCGAAGACUUGCCAUUCUCAUCGAGAAUGGUUAAGCCCAUCAUGAAAGUUGAAGCCCUUGAGCUGAGUGCGGAGGACUUGAAGAUUGUAGUCAGUAAGUUCUGGUGGCAUUUCACCAAGAACAAGGAUCUAACUGAGUUCAACAAGUCUGUGUUGGAGAAGUUGGCAGUAUCUUCCGUAGAAAAACAAUUCCGUCGCAUCAGGCAAGUGAUGAAAAAGAAGCAUGAAAUUAAGUCUCACAAUAAUUUGGAUACUAAUCAGCUGGGUAGUCGAAGUAUGAAGUUGAAACGCGUCAUCAGCAAGGCCAUGUGGGAUCAGCUACCCUCUCCGGGUCAUUCUCUACAUGGCUAGCUCGUUCGUUGGGUUUACUAUAUAUUCUAGAAUCAUUCUUGAACUGUAUAUAGUUUCAAACAUCGAAAUCUCUAACCUUUCAUCACCCUCUCCCUUUUUGAUCUUAAAAUGAAAGAUAAUCGCACUCAGAGUUGAAAGUAGCUAUCUUGUAAAGAGAGUAACAAAAAUCACAGUCGAGUAUUAUCAGU